AUGGCAGACGCAAACAAAGGCGCCAAAAUCACCCUCUACUGGCUGGAACAUUCCCGCGCCCAGCGCAUCCUCUGGCUUCUCGAGGAACUCCACCUCACCUACGAGCUCAAGACCUUCAAGCGCGGCGCCGACAUGCUAGCCCCAAAGGAGCUCAAGGACAUCCACCCGCUAGGCAAAUCCCCAGUUAUCAGCAUCGAGACCCCCGGCGCCCCCAAGCCGCUGGUUCUCGCCGAGUCCGGGCUGAUCAUGGAGUAUCUCUGCGAUCAUUUCGGGGGUGACAAGCUCAAACUCGUCCCGCAGCGCUCUGCCGCAGGCAAGGAGGACCAGGUAGGCGGCGAGACCGAGGAGUGGAUGCGGUAUAGAUACUACAUGCAUUACACGGAGGGCAGCUUCAUGCCGUUUCUGGUGAUGCAGUUGGUGAUGUAUAGCAUUAGGAACGCCCCCGUUCCGUUCUUCAUCAAGCCGUUGACGGGCAUGGUCGCGUCAAAGGUUGAGCAGGCGUUCGUCACGCCGAACUUGACCUCGCACUUUGAGUUCCUUGAGGAUCAGCUGAAGACUGCGCCAGGAGGCGGCCCUUACCUCUGUGGCAAGGAGCUGACGGCUGCGGAUAUCAUGAUGAGCUUCCCUGUUAUUGCGUCCUUGAUUAAAAUGCCUGAUCUCCGGGGUCGGUAUCCGAGGUUGGCGGAGUACACGGACAAAUUGCAGGCGAUGGAUGGAUACAAGCGGGCUGUUGCCAAGGUGGAAGAGAUAGAAGGGUCGUUCUCUGCUUAUGCGUGA